GGGGGGGCGGUCCGUGCGGGCCAUGAACAGGUCGGUCCGGGCCUCGGCCUGCCUUGGGCAGCCUGGCAGCCCCAGGCCGAGCGCGGGCCUCAGGGGUCGGCUGGACUCUAAGCUCCUGACCACUCACAAGAAGAAGGCCCAAGUGGUAAAGGCCGCGGUGGACACCAGCGCCCCGGUGUUGCAGGUCUACCAGUUUCUGAGACUUUCCAAGCUGCAGCCGCGCCCCAUGUUGCAGGCCGAACAGAAGAGACUCAACCGGAUCGAGAACGAAAACAAGCAGCUGUGCAUCAAGAUCGCCAGCAUCCAGCGCGGGCCCCCGCGGGUGGACUGCUGGAACGAGUACUAUUCUCGGAGUCUGAACCGGGAGUUGCGGAACAGGGAGGUGGUGCGGAUCACCGUGGAGAACCAGAGCAUCCUGAGGAGGCUGGCUGACCGAAAGUCCCACUACGACCACAAGUCCUUUGAAAUGGACUGGCAGAACUCGAGGCGCUUCAUCCGGAACCACGUGCGGACGCUCCCCGAGCUGGGCCCUUAGGGAAGCCGGGAGCCCACACACCGGAGCAUCUUGGCCCGUGAGGCCGAAUAAACGGUGGCGCCGGGCGGCCUGGGGUCGCGGAGGACGCCCCCAGGUUGUA